CACGGCGCAUCCAAACAGUCGCGUUAAUGUCGCUUUUUGUGAAUAAAAACACGUUGGAGGGUUAUAAUCUGCGCUCCUGACGCCUGCCUCCGGAGGUUUCUUCCUCCUGGCCGCGGCGGGCGCACAGCCUCUGCUUAUAUACCGCUGUCGUCGUUAGCCGAGUAUUGAGCUACCAGCUGACCUACUUUCUGCGCUCCCAGCCGCCCGCUCCUGUUUACAAGCCACAGCCGAGCCGAGGGAUGGGGAGCACCGCACCUGGGAAACCGACGGACGAGACCCGCCGCUAGCCUGGGAGACACAGGAAGACCGGAGUAACAAUUAAAAUCAGCCGAGAGUUGUGUUUUUUUUUUUUCUUUCUGAGAGGGGGAAUAAGUGAGGAGUGCGACAGCGGCGCAGUGAGGGACGCCGGGGCGCUCAGUAACAACGCGUUAAUAACUUGUUAUGCAAUUGAAGGGCUUUCGGUGAAUAAGCCGCUGCCACUUGAGCUGAGGCUUCUAUGUUGGAGUUUAAAGAACAAAAAUGACUGCCUCGGUGAAAGUGACCGAUGGCUCUUUAUUUCUGCCGGACGCUCGUUCUUCAGGAUUCUGUAUUCCUUCAGAGGAAUCGAGGAGGUGGUGGUCUAGUGGUCCCUUAUAGGUUUUUCCAAUAGUACGUUGCGACAAGUUGAGGACGGAUGGGACUUCCAAGACUUCAAAAGGGGCCUGGUUGGCAGAGGGAGUGAUUAUGGACAACCUUUCAGACUUCGGCGGCCCGUGCCCGUCCACCCUUAGAGAAUGGGAUACCAACAGCUGCGUGGAGGACUUAAUGGAUGAAGAUGAGAAGGACAGGGCAAAAAGAGCAUCUCGCAACAAAUCCGAAAAGAAAAGAAGAGACCAAUUCAAUGUGCUCAUCAAGGAGCUAUGCACCAUGCUGCAGGGUCAAGGCCAUCCACGCAAGAUGGACAAAUCCACCAUACUGCAGAGGACUAUUGACUUCUUACAGAAACAGAAAGACAUCACUGCGCAGAAUGAAAUUUGUGACGUGAAGCAGGACUGGAAACCCUCAUUCCUCAGUAAUGAAGAGUUCACUCAGCUCAUGUUAGAGGCCCUGGAUGGUUUCCUCGUUGCAUUGACAACAGAUGGCAACAUUAUAUAUGUGUCUGACAGCGUGUCGUCACUUAUUGGCCAUCUACCGUCAGAUAUGGUGGACCAAAAUAUCUUGAAUUUCCUCCCGGAGCGGGAACACGGGGAGGUGUAUAAGCUGCUAUCAUCCCACAUGCUGAUGACUGACCCCGUUGCUGCUGAUUUCCUUGACAGUGAGGCACAUAUUGAAUUUUGCUGCCAUCUAGCCAGGGGUAACAUUGACCCCAAAGAGCCUCCUGUGUACGAGUAUGUCAAGUUUGUUGGAGAUUUCAAGUUUCAUAACAAUGUGCCUACAUCUUCUUGUAACGGGCAUGAACUGACGUUACCGAGAAGCCUGCAGUCGUCGCUGGAGGAGCAGGUCUGCCUCAUAGCAACUGUACGAUUAGUCACUCCACAGUUCCUGAAGGAUUUGUGCAACGCGGAUGAUCCUUGUGACGAAUUCACGUCCAGACACAGCCUUGAGUGGAAGUUCCUGUUUUUAGAUCACAGAGCAUCACCAAUCAUAGGCUAUUUACCCUUUGAGGUUCUUGGAACUUCGGGCUAUGAUUACUAUCAUGUGGAUGACUUGGAGCUAAUAGCCCAGUGUCACAAGCAAUUAAUGCAGUUUGGGAAGGGUAAAUCCUGCUAUUAUCGCUUCCUGACCAAGGGACAGCAGUGGAUUUGGCUGCAGACUCAUUAUUACAUUACUUACCACCAGUGGAACUCCAAACCCGAGUUCAUUGUCUGCACUCACACCGUUGUCAGUUACGCCGAAGUGCGAGCCGAACGGAGGAGAGCUUUCGGUCUGGAGGAGCUUUCGCCACCUGAGAUCGCGCCGUCCUCUGUGAAGGCUCAGGAGCUGUACUUGGACAUCUGCUCAACCCUGGAUGCCAAGAGGGACAGAAACAGCGGUGCACGUUCGGUGUCCUCCCACAGCUCUCGGAAAUCCUCCCACACUGCCCUGUCGGACUCUUUGUCAGCAAACUCCUACACAGAGGCCUGCACGCCAUCGUGGCCGUCGGCUUCCGUCGGAGCUGAGAAGACACCUGCCAGACUCCAGCCCAGCGACUCAAAGCAGCAGCAAUCACAACAGCAACCACAGCAGCAGCAACAACAACAACAACAACAGCAGCAGCAGCAGCAGCAGCAGCAGCAGCAGUCUUCUGCGUAUCAGCUGCAGCAGCCUCAGCUCGGCGUAAUGAACCAGCUGAAAGAACAACUGGAGGAGAGGACGCGCAUUCUGCAGGCCGACAUCAAGACGCAGCAGCAGGAGCUGCACGACAUUAAGGAGAAGCUCCAUCUGGCUAAUCUACAGAUGCUGUUACAGCAGCCUAUCCAAAAUGACUUCAGUCAGGCCCAAUCGCAGCAGCAGCAGCAGCAGCAGCAGCAGCAGGGCCCAGGAAGGCCAGCGCAGCAGAACCAGAACCAGAACCAGAACCAGAACCAGAACCAGUCCGGUGUCAUCAGGCAGCACUCAGGCCAACCGAAACCAGCGACCUGUGGGGCUCACAGUUCAUCUCCACACUCUUCUCUGAGAGAAAACACCUCACCGUCCACACAGGUUCAGCAGAGGAUCGCUCGGAGCCGGCAGACCCAGUCAGUGAGUUUACCGAUGCAGACGAACACGAGCCUGACGACGCCCUUCUACAGCAACCCUAUGAUGUUCUCCCAGACCAACACGAGGCCUCAGCAGGAGACAAACCAAAGACAGACAGAUAACCAGUUCAGCCACGAUGGACAACUACGGAUGCUUCUCAAACAGCCGAUGCAGACUCUAGUUCCUACCAGCAGCGUCACUUCACAGCCCUCCCAGUGCAACAUGGGCAUCUCCCAAACUCUGUACAGCUUGGAGCAGCCCAUCACCUCGUUUACCAUGCAACAGGUCAACUGCAACGCUGUGCUCGUGCCCUCCCCCGUCUUCACCUCCCCCAUAAUGAUCCCGCACAACACCUUCAUCACACACCAGGCCCAGUCGGCCUACAACAGCCAGCCUCAGGCCUCCCAGCACUCCGUUCAGCUCCCGCAGCCCCAGCAGUUCUUUCAGAUGGCUCAAGGACUCGUGCAUGGAGGAUCCGCUCCAGCUUUCCUACACACCACUAAUGUCCCACAGCAAGGCACCAUGGGAUACAUUCAGCAGCAGCCACAAACGCAGCAACUGCCACUGGCACAGCAGCAGCAGCAACCACAGCAGCAGCAGCAGCAGCAUCAGCAGCAAAGGCAGUACCAACAUUCCCAAAACCAGGCAGGCAGCGUUUCAGACUUCAGGAACAUGCUGACUCGGUAGCACUGAGGACUUGCUCGUAGCGCUGAGGAUCUGCCUCUGUGACGCCGCCCUGCAGGCGGCAGCAUGUUGUGAAGCUCCCUGAUUCAGGAGGAGCCGGGUUGCAACGUCGUCACAGUGACGCCACUAGCAGAGGCUGCACCGACCCAACGCCACCUGCGAGAUCCGCGGACAAUCUGAGGUGUCGGGUCUUCGCCAGGAGGCCACAUUGCACUCAGUAGAACAGCCGUGAACACAAGUGGAUUAUCAAAGCUGUUUGAAAAAAAAAAAAAAAAACACUUUAACGACAUGUGGAGGUUUUCUUCUAGCAAAGUUCUCAUUUAGGUGUUUGCACUUUGGUACCCCCCUUUCUACCCAAAAGUAGAAUAUUUAUUUAUUUUUUACCUGAGACCAAACUUUCUGCUCUGUUCUCAAGCUCCUCCUGUGGCGUGAUGGUGAACUGCUCGUAUUCAGACUAUUUCCAAAGAAAGAGAGCCAAACGUGAGUCACGCUGUCCCCUCUAGAACCACGAUUUAGGCACGUCCAGUCACUACAGCAGAGCUUUACAGGACGCAACAAACGGUGCGACUACCACUUUUAUCAAAGGGCGGGUUUGAUGUAACGCGCUACAGCGGGAAGCCGGAGGUCUAUCUAGAUUUUUAAAGCCUCAAUCUGAAGGAGCGAGGGGUGCUGUAGCGGCUCCACCACCGGUCUCACAGAAGGACCACAGAGCUCAGAAACGGAAAGCGACCACUGCAGCAGCAGCAGCUCUCAGCUAGCCGAGAGGCGGGGAGGAGGAAUCGUGCCUUCAAACGUAAUGACGUUCAUGUUGUGGUUUGAUAGGUUGUGCCUGAUUAUGGCUUUAAAAAUCCAGCUCAGGUCUGUUUGGAAUAUAAAAGGUAUAUUUUCAUAAGAGCGUCAUUUGUUACUAGAAGAGAAGACAUGCAGAGAUUUUUCUAAUGGAUAGAUUGCACACACACACACACAUAUAUAUAUAUAUAUAUA